UGAAGGUACGUGUUGAGCAAAAGCGAAAAAUGAACUUUUUUCUUCCACACAUCUGCAUUUUUUUAGUUCUAUUCAAAAGUGUAUCUGUAGAUGCUCAAAACCAGUUCCACCCGUUUCUAUUACACUUCGUCUCCGGAUCCUUCCCGAACUCAUAUCGCAUUCCACUGGAUAAAAUUCCAUCAACAAACGACCCAAAUAUGAGAAUAUUCUGCCCUGCUGAAACAGAUCAAGAUAAAAGUAAUUUGAAUAUACUUUCUGCAACGUUCCCUCAAGCGAAGUAUUGCCUAUUUUGGAAAAAAGUCCCCAGUGAUCAGCCGAAAUAUUGCACAGAGCAACCGAAACCGUGGCUCACAUCACAGUCCCAGCAUACAAAAGAUGAGGGAGAAUGCGGAACUUCGCCAGAGCACAGAAGAUUCGGAAUCGGAUUUUACGUUUUCGGGACAUGGAAGCAUUUGGAAGAUUUUCAAAAAAAACCAGAUCAACCACACUUGGUCGCGAGAUUUCAAAAAGUUUUAGAGGUACAUGCAUCAGGCCGCAGUGAAUUCCCUCAAUUCCAUAAAAUUUAUGAUCUUUGCAUCGAUACAUCGAAUGGAAAAACCAUUUGGACGAAACACGAUAUCAUGACCCCUAACAUGUUUACCGAUGACGAAGAAAAAUUACAACGCGAAUCAGGAGGAGAUACAGAAAUCAGUACUGAUCCCAUACUAUUUGAAGCGAACACUUUCAUCAAUUUGAAGCAGAAAUUCCUCUCACAAAAUGAGGAAUCAAUCAAAAUGACCGAAAACUUCAUGGUACCGAGAGAACACGUGGCACUGAGAGUAUGGAGAAAUGCUGUAAAUCAUUACAUCAACGUGGCUCCUCUUUGGGACAACCUAAAAAAAUUGAUGAUCACUGUUAACCAAGCGAUUAAAAAAAUUGGUCUACACUUGGAAGCAAAUGGUCAGUGGUUGACUAUUUACAACAAAGCAAUUGAUUCGAAAAACGAGGAUGGAACGACAAUUCAAGUUAAUAGUCAAUUUUCCAGUACUGUAUGGUAUAAGUUACUUUACGACAAAACAAGUUACGUGGCUGCGUUGAUAGUUUUGCAUAACACGCCAGACACUCCUCCAAAAAUUAAAGAAUGCAAAAUAGAAAUGGCCUGUGAUGUCAAGAAGUGGUAUGAAAAAAAACAAGAUGACGUUGAAGGCAUUUCUGAUGAGGUUUUUGAGUACGUCUAUUGUUGCAAUCCUACCACUUCAGAGGUUCUAAAAUUAUUCAAUUUUAAGCACUUUAUAAAAGGGCCACUAAACCUUGAUGACUUCUUUUGAAGAGCUGUACAGGUAAAUUAACAGUGAAAGAAAUUAUUCAAAACUUUGUAAAAAUGGUGUAAAAAAACUAACAAAAUACACAUUUCCGAAGCAGUUUAUGAUUAUGAAAUGAUCCAAAUAAAAUUAUUUA